AUGGCUAUGCCCCCCCCCCCAUUCGUCGCCUCCGCGCAGCAGAUCAUCGACGCUGCAAAUAACGCGACGACCCCAGCGAUCACAGCUUACGAGGACAUACGUGAGAUGCUCGUCAAGGACCACAUCGUGAGCGAGCAGAAGUUCCUAGCAGACGACAUUCUCGCGCACCCAGCCAACAGGGGUAAGCUCGGGCUGAACGCAUACAACGCCCACAAGAACCUCUCGGAUAUCGCCCACGUCGGGCGCGAGUCGUACCUGAGCGCGGGCACAGGGCACUUCACCGCUGCCACCCGCGCUUGCAAGGCUCAUUGCAGAACACCGUUCAAGAACAUCGCCAACGCAGAUGGGCCCCUGUCAGAGGCGCUCGGUCACCGUGACAAGCGCUUGGGUAGUUGCAUGGACAAUGGUUGGGUCUGGCGAGCGUUUCCUUGGCAGCGCGAGGUGGCGUGGCCAGGACUGCCUGACCUGUGCCAGCGGGCACUGAACGCUGCGCACGGGGUGAGCUCAAGGAGCACAGAGCUCCAGACCAUGGUUUGGCUCUCAGACCUGUCUGCAGACAAGGACGAUGCCAUCAACGCGGCCAAGUCGGCUUCGCCCAUGUGUGCAUCAUACAUCGAGGCCGUCGUCCGAUUGGUUGAGCUCAUCAGCGGCGGCGCUGGAGCACCAGUGCUCCACUUCCUGGACAGGUUCUCCAAGACGUUCGGAGAGAACAAUAUUCUCGGAGAGGAGUUCAUCACUGCAGUUGCGACUGCGGAGCUCAACAAGUGCGACGCUGCACCGUUCUUUCGCGCCGCCCCCGUGGCCACGAACCUUGCGUCGUUGAAGGUGGUGGACGGCGUUGCGAAGCUGAUCUACAAAUCUGACGCUGACAAGUCAAAGGGCAAGGACGAGAUCCUGAAGCUGAACACCACGCUCAAGGACGCGUGGAAGCUUGCCGACAAGGCGAUGAUCCACCAGACAGACUUCGACAUGACGGUCGGCAAGUUCAUGGUGCGAGCUGUGCUCUUCCAUCUCGGCAGGCAGCACCAGUCGCCAGAGAACAAACAAUACGAAAGCAUAGAUGACAUCAAGUCACGCUUUGCGAUUGACCUCAAGCCUGCAGCCGGCGACUCCGCCGUGGACCUCGGCGACUUCGCCGUGAAGAUCGACGACUCCAAGGAUACCGCCGCUGCAGGGUCUGAUGCGGCUAAGAUAGGCGCCAUGAGUUUCGACGAGAUGGCUUCGCCCGCACACGUCCUGAAGGACAAAGCUGGCAUCGAGAUCGGUUCUCAACUGAGGGAGAAGAACAUCUCCGACGGCUUCUUAUUCGAGGUAAAGGCCCUCAACGAUGGUGGCAAAGUGUUGCUGACUCAAGUCAAACCGUUCGAUGACGAUGACUGCAUCAAGGUCGAGGUCGGCUACAAGGUUUUGGUAUACGACUGGAAGGCCGUCAAGGAGAAGGUAAGCUUUGUGUGCGCUUCGAAAGACAUCAGCUCUGAAGUUAUCGAGGAUGACCGGCUGCGGCCCAUUGUUUUCAUGAGCCCCCGCGAGGAGCACGCAGCCUUGAUGAAGACUGGCAAAGCAUGCCAUGGGCCGCCCAUAUUGCACAUGAGGAACCCCGUCGGCACUGCGAUGGAGGAAGACGUGAGCAAGAACAUAUUCAAGUUCACUCCGACCGCGCCCAUGCAGAACAUCCUCUGCACUAACCCUAAGGGCGCUGAGAACAAUGUGGCGACGGUCACCAUCGGUGGGAAGGCCUUCUUUGCCACAAGCGUCCGCAAGCCCGCUGAUGACACGGUGCAUGCUUUCUUUGCACCGUACUGGUGGGUGAAGACCACGCCGAUCGAGGGGAAGGCGAACAUGAAGUUCGUAAAGGUCGUCGGUGCCGACGGCGUGAGCUACCCUGCGUUGCAGAACUUCAAGCCAUUGAAAGUGCACGAGAGACUAUACUAUUUCAAACCUAAGGACAUCAAGACAGCUUUGCAAAACGCGACGGUGAUUCGAUCUGCUGUCGACCACGGCGAGAAGGGCAACGCUGGCGAGAUUGGCAAGGGCAAGGGCAAGAACAAGCGCGGCAAGGGCAACGAGGGCGGCAGCGCGAGCGGGGGCAAGCCCGAGAAGAAGGCCCGCAAGGUUUGA